AAGCUUCGUUGUCAUGUUGUUGUUUUUAAGUUUAUAGGUAUGAGCAAAUUUACCGAGGGUAACUUUGACAGUUUGCAAUUGACAAUUGGUGCAAGUUGUUAAACUGAUUUCGUCCUACACUCAUCGAAGCUGUACUAAAUAUUAACACGAGCAAUAAAAAUAAGCGAAAUGUUACGUCGGAUACAAAAGAUUCGCUUUACUAUUUCAUUACAUCGAAUGGUAACUACGUGGUCUCCACUGACCACUGCAUUCAACACUCGUCCGGAGAAGCGCAUAAAUUUCACAAAGAACGAAGUGGGACUUUUUGGUAUACCUGAACUCACUUCGCAUGAAGGAUUUUAUGUGUUAAAGGAAAAGGCAAUAUUCAAAACCGAUGACCUUAUCGAUGAAGCAACUUCACCAAACCGUACAAGAAAAAUGGUUAUGAUCUUUGACGAGCUUUCUGAUACGCUAUGCAAAGUAGCGGAUCUAUCGGAGUUCAUUCGCUUAGCGCAUCCGGCAUCUAACUAUUGUUCUGCUGCAGGGGACGCGUGUAUUACAAUCAGCGGUAUUGUGGAAAAAUUGAAUACUCAUAAAAAAUUAUUUAAUUCUUUAAAAACUGUCGUAGACGACAAUGACAAAUUAGAGACUACCGACGUUGAUAAACACGUUGCAAGAUUAUUCCUUUUUGAUUUUGAGCAAAGUGGUAUACAUUUGGAGGAGGAAGCGCGGAAACGAGUGGUGUUUUUAAAUGAUUGUAUCCUACAACUUGGCCAAAGGUUCAUGGCCGGAGCAGUAAAUCCCAGAAAAAUUUCAAGAAAUAUUCUUCCCGCAGCUAUUUUACCAUUCUUUCCAUCAGAUGGUGAAAAUAUUCUCGUUUCCGGAUUGUAUGCCGAUUCUGCCAACAGUAUAGCUCGUGAGUCAGCAUACCGCCUAUUCCUUUAUCCAGAUUCGGAGCAGGAGCGUCUACUGUCGGAAAUGCUAAAAUGCCGACACGAGCUGGCUACAGUUUGUGGAUUCUCUACCUACUCCCACCGAGCUCUCAAAGCAAGUACUGUGGAAACACCGGAGAUGGUCGAUUUGUUUUUAGAUGCUCUUAACGAACAGCUACGUUCUCGUGCAGCUAAAGAUUUUUCGAUUAUGCAGAAAAUGAAAAUUUCCGAAUGUGGUCAUGAUGUUCCGCUAGCUUCUUGGGAUACCCCAUACUACACUUCUCGUUUGAAGCGUAAAUAUUUGCAGGCUGGUGCGUCCGAAUUUUCACCAUAUUUCAGCAUAGGAGCAUGUAUGGAAGGGUUAAAUAAUUUAAUGAAUAGCCUAUUCGGAAUCAAUCUAAAAAAUAUUGAAAUGGAGCCUGGUGAAUCAUGGUCCCAUGAUGUAUAUAAGCUGGCUGUGUUACAUGAGACGGAGGGUUUGCUUGGCUAUAUUUACUGUGAUUUCUUUGAGCGACAAGGAAAACCGAACCAAGAUUGUCAUUUCACGAUACAGGGAGGCAAAGUAUUGCCAGAUGGUAGUUUUCAAAAUCCAAUUGUUGUGGUCAUGCUGAACCUUACGCAACCUCGUUGGUCAGGACCAACGCUAUUAGCUCCCUCUAUGGUAGACAAUCUUUUUCAUGAGAUGGGGCAUGCAAUGCAUUCAAUGCUCGCAAGAACGGAAUAUCAACAUGUUACUGGUACGCGAUGUAGCACAGACUUUGCAGAAGUUCCUUCAGUGCUAAUGGAAUAUUUUGCAAAUGACCCACGAGUGAUACGAUCCUUCGCUAAACAUUUCCAAACUCAGGAACCUAUGCCGGAAAAAAUGCUACAACGGUUAUGUACAUCCAAGCAUUUGUUUGCCUCGAGCGAAACACAGCUACAAGUUUUUUAUUCAGCCCUGGAUCAGGUUUACCACGGAGAUCAUAAUCUGCAUGGAGAAAACACAACUGCCACGCUAAAAACAGUACAAGAAAAAUAUUACGGUUUACCUUACGUGGAAAAUACCGCUUGGCAGCUCCGUUUUUCACAUCUGGUAGGAUACGGGGCAAAAUAUUACUCGUAUCUUAUUUCAAGAACAAUUGCUUCAUGGAUAUGGCAAACUUAUUUCGAACAGGAUCCAUUCAAUCGAACACAAGGUGAAAAAUAUCGUCGCGGAUGUCUUGCUUAUGGCGGUGGUAUUCCUAGUCGUCUUCUAGUAUCAAAUUUCUUGGGUCGAGAGAUUAAUCCCACAAAUUUAACUUCCAGUCUGAUUAACGAGAUAGAUAGUUGUACUGAGCGUUUAAAACACAUGGACGAUCAUUUCCGGUAGUUGAAAAGAAUAUAUAUAUAUCGACCAUUCUAUUUGGUUUGUGUUAAAAAUAAAACAAAAAAUCAUAGA